GAGAGAGCGAGAGAGCGAGGAGGUGAGAGGGAACAAGGGAAAGACGGGGAAGAAACAGAUAGAGAUACCAUCUGAACCCUACCUGAGCUCUUCCUCUGGACUGGGACUGGGACUAGAGACAGGAGCAGGACAUGGCUGGGUACAGGCCGAGGGUGAUAGUGCUGAGUAAGAAGCCAGGUCAAAGCUUUGGCUUCUUCUUGAGGGUGGAGCAUGGAGAGGAUGGUCACCUGAUCAGGAACCUGGAGAUGGGCGGGCCGGCCGAGCUGGUGGGUUUGAAGGACGGAGACCGCAUCCUCCGGGUCAACGGAACCUAUGUGGACAAAAUGGACCACUCACGGGUAGUGGACCUGGUGAAGGAGAGUGGUGCAUCUGUCACCUUCCACAUUCUGGAUGUGGAAUCCUACAAGCAGGCCAAAACUAAUGGGGUGGACCUGUCUGACCCUCACCCCAAACCCACCCAGCCCACCAUGAACAGGGUGGGAGGAGGGGCGCCCAAACCCAAACUCUGCUACCUGGCCAAGUCCAGCGGGGGCUACGGCUUCUCUUUGCGCUCUAUCAAAGAUGAGAGGGGUGAGGUGGGCAUGUUCAUGACAGAGGUGACCCCAGGGGGUGUGGCCGCGAGGGCAGGGGUCAAGGCCAACGACCGACUGAUAGAGGUCAACGGGGAGAACAUGGAGAAUGCCACUCAUGACCAGAUAGUUGAAAAGGUCAAGGCAUCAGGCUGCAGCAUUAUGUUCCUAUUGGUGGACAAGGACACAGACAUGUUCUACAAGAACAAACAUAUCAGGCUAGGGGUGGGGCUAGCCACAGUGAUGCUCCUUCCACUGAAGCCACGCACCGCAGACUUGGUAAAAGGAUCGGACGGCUAUGGAUACUUCCUAAGGACUGAGCCUAACAAGACAGGCCACUUCAUCAGGGACAUUGACAGGGGCAGCCCAGCAGAGAGGGCGGGAUUAAAGGAGAUGGACAGGCUGGUUGCCGUGGAGGGAGAGGAAGUGGAUGGAUGCAGCCAUGAGCAGGUGGUGGACAGGAUCAGGCAGUGUGGCAACAAGUGCUGCCUCCUGGUGGUCGAUGAAGACACUGACACGCUCUACAAGAUGGGAGGCGUGUCUCCUCUGUUCUACUUGGAAGAGAUGAUGGAAUCCCUCCUUCCAGCAACCCCUCCACCCAGCUACCCAGAGUCUCCAGCUCCAGCACCAGCCCCAGCUCCAGCCCCAGCCCCAGCUCCAGCCCCAGCCCCAGCCCCAGCCCCAGCCCCAGCUCCAGCCCCAGCCCCAGCCCCAGCCCCAGCCCCAGCUCCAGCCCCAGCUACCACAGACCUCCUCAAGCUGUGUAAGAUGGAGAAGACCUCCGCCGGGUACGGCUUCCACCUCAACGGUAUCCAGGGAGUCUGUGGCCAGUACAUCAAAGAGGUAGUGAAGGGUGGAGCCGCGGACAGGGCUGGUUUGGAGGACGAUGACAUGGUGGUGGAGGUGGACGGUGUGAACGUGGAGCAGAGCAGUCACGAGCAAGUGGUGGGGUUGAUCCGUAAGAGUGGCAGCUCGCUGGUGCUCCUAGUUGCAGGGAAGCAGGCCUCCGACCACUUCAAAGCCAAAGGGGUGGCAAUCACUCCUCAGCUCUUCGCCCCCUCGUCCCGAGCCAGGUCCCCAUCCCCAGCCCCGUCCCCGUCCCUAGCACGGAGCCACACACCAGCCCAGAUAGACACCCCAGCCACUCUGGAGGAGGUCGGGGAGGAGGAGGAGGAGGAGGAGGAGGCUGCUAAGCCAGACACCCCGCCGCCCCAGGCACGAGAGAGGACUCCAUCUGUGUCAUCAGCAGCAUCAUCUUGCCCGAGCGUUGAUGAGAGACUCUGAGAAGUCAGCAAUGAGAAACAACUUCCUGUUAUGACUUUUUCUGUCUCCCAUCAACCUUUGCAACAUGCUGGAUAAUGCAGGUAUCCCUGCUCAAGAACUCUGAUCAAACGUAAUACAUUCAGAUGACAGAGGCUGGUUUUAGGUAUCAAUGCAAAUCGGUUUGAAAUAGCAAUAAAUAGCCAUUAAUGUAUAACUACAUUGAUCAGUUAUUCUAAUCUUAUUACGAACACCUGCAAUGUAGACCGAGAACACUAGUAUUGCCAGUUCAAUGUGUUUAACUGUUACAGUAACCAUAGUGACAGAGGUCUACUACACCUGAAUAAUAAUGCUGUCUUUUACAUAUCAUUAAAACUAUUGUAAUUUAUGAAUUAAAUUAGAUUUGUUUUAGCAUA